UAGAGCAAUAAUCCAAAAUGCAAUAUUAUUGGUCUAAAGAAGAAGAAGAAGAAGAAGGUGUUCUAAGGCUAUUCUACAAUCUCUCUUCCUCCUUCUUCCUUCUCUUCUUCUUCUUCUCCUUCUCUUCUAUUCUCCUCUUCAAAUUCUUCCACUUCCUUGGCUCUCCUCUCUUCCCAAGGAAUGAAUACGAAUAUGGAUACGAGGUCGAGGACGACAAGGAAGAGGAAGAGGAAGAGGAAGAAGAAGAAGCGGGUGGUACCGAGGUUGAAAGGACGACGUUUCUUGAUAAAGAAGCUGAAACUAGGAUGAGCCGGUGGCAAAGCCAGCUUCCUGAUGAAGAAGAGUUGUUGUUCAUAGAUUUGGAGGAGCCUUGGCUCAUGGAAUCCUCUGACCCACUUGCUCAAAUCAAAACUAGUAGCUCGGUUUAUGAGUCCCCACAACCGUUGCAACGAGAAGACGAUAACGAUGAAGAUGACCCGAUGCCAAAAGAAGUUACAGACUCGGAGCAGCUCGUGAGAAAGAUCUUGGUGGAGGAUGAUAAAAGAAGAGAUGAGAAUGGUAAUUAUUUGGCAUUUAGGGAUUCAUGCACAAUUGGAUCAACAUCAAAGAGCUCAUCAGAGUGGAGAAGCUCAAUAAACGGUAGAGACCACUCAGGAACUGAAGAUCCACUCUCUUCCUCUUCAAGGAGAAGCUGCCCCAAAUGGGAAUCCUUCACUGUUUUCCAGAAAUAUGAUGAAGAAAUGAUGUUUCUUGAUCGAAUCACAGCCCAAAAGCUUCACGAAACAGAGUCACUGAGGUCAAUUAAAGUGUGCCCAAGAUCGCUAUCAGAGAGGAUUGUUCAUAAGUUUGGGGGCAUGAACAUGAACAUGAACAAGAAGGCUUCUGAUGUGAAGCAGAACCCAUAUCAUGAACUGGAGGCUGCCUAUGUAGCACAAAUUUGCUUGACAUGGGAGGCUCUAAAUUGGAACUAUAAGAAUUUUGUGAACAAGAAAUUGAGUUGUUGCAGGAGAGAUUUGGACGGUGGAUGUCCUGGCAAAGUUGCUCAACAGUUUCAACAGUUUCAAGUUCUUCUUCAACGUUAUGUUGAGAAUGAGCCUUAUGAACAUGGCCGUCGCCCUGAGAUUUAUGCUCGUAUGAGACUCUUGGCUCCUAAUUUGCUCCAAGUCCCUGAAUUUAUAGAUUCAGAAGAGGAGGAAAAGGAGGGAGGCGGGUACGGGUCAAGAAUAUCGUCGCCAUCUUUUCUAAUGAUCAUGGAGGAUGGAAUAAGAACAUACAUGAACUUCUUGAAAGCAGAUAAAGAGAAACCAUGCGAGAUUGUAGCUUCAUUUUUCAAGAGAAAGAAAAGGGCUGCUGUUGAUCCAACUCUCCUCCAACUCAUGAAGAAAGUUAACCAAAAAAAGAGGAUAAAGCUUAAAGACCUUCGUCGUGCUGGGAAGUGCUUGAGGAAAAGGAAGCUCACCGUGGAGGAAGAAAUGGAGAUCUUGAUGGCUCUUAUAGACCUAAGAGUGGUCUCUAGGGUUCUAAGAACCGCGGACUUAACCGAAGAACAGCUCCAUUGGUGCGAGGCUAAAAUGAGCAAAGUUCGAAUUUUGGAUGGGAAACUCCAACGAGAUUCCUCGCCUCUUUUCUUCCCAGCUCAUUAAGAUCACUCUCGACCAAAAGUGAAUAUCUCCCAUUUUAGGUUAAAAAUACUUAGGCCCUCGAGAAGACGAGAUUCGAACUAGCAACCAGGGCAGCUUUUGAAUUAGGGUUUAUUUUUAUUUCCAAGGAUCAAGAAUAAAUAGGUUUUAGCGGGAAUAAGAACGACCAAGUUUUUAAUAACGGAUUCAUUUUAAUUAUUAUUUUCUAGUUAUCAUGUAAUUGUAUGGAAUUGAAUAAAGUUUUAUAUUUUAAUUCUGAA